CAUUUCCUUGCUCCUUGCUCCAGUGCCUCGCAGACCGGUCAAUGCGUGCCAGUGGAACCAGGUGCACGACGUCGCCCGAAUGCGACGCCAGCGUCGGUGUGCUGCGGUGGAUGAUGCUGUGAGAUGCGAGCGCCGGCGUCUGGAGGCCCAAGGACGAGGCCUAGGAGCUGUCAAGAUGCAUGAGGCCCUGACCUUGUCCUACCAGAGCAAGAAUAUCGGGGAGGUUGGUGUUUCUGGCUUCGAGCCAUGCACGUGCAAGUAGCCACGUCCUUUCGCUUAGGUAGCAAACAAAUACUGCUGCAGGA